AUGGCACACCUCGUACCGUCUGGAAAGUGGGAUGCCCGCCACCUCGGCCCUGUCCCCCACGACAGCUCGUACUACACCAAGUGCUUGUUCGGUGGUGUCCUUGCAUGCGGUACCACCCAUGCAGGUAUCACCCCGCUCGAUGUCACAAAAUGUAACAUGCAGGUUAACCCGGGGAAAUUCAACGGCUUGAUUUCCGGCAUCAAGACGAUCGCUGCGGAGGAGGGCAGCAAGGGUCUGUGGAAGGGUGUCGGGCCGACGUUCAUCGGCUAUUCGCUUCAGGGUGCGUUCAAGUACGGUCUGUACGAGAUCUUCAAGGACACGUACAUGAACCUGGCUGGUGAGGAGGCGUCGGCCAAGUACAAGGGCGCCAUCUGGCUUGCGGGUUCCGCAUCCGCAGAAUUCUUUGCGGACAUUGCGCUCUGCCCGCUGGAGAUGACCAAGGUCAAGAUCCAGACGAGCCCCGCGGGCACAUUCCCCAUCCCGACGUUCACCGCGCUCGCCGAGAUGAACAAGCUCAAGGCCGACACGCGGUUCCCCUUCGGCUCGCUCGUGCCCCUCUGGUCGCGUCAAAUCCCGUACACGAUGGCGAAGUUCUUCUUCUUCGAGUACAUCGUCCAGCUCUUCUACAGCCACGUCUUCACCGCGCCCAAGGACUCGUACAGCAAGCCGACACAACUCGGUGUCACGUUCGCGUCUGGUUACCUCGCCGGUGUCGUUUGCGCCGUCGUCUCGCAUCCCGCCGACUCGCUCGUGUCGCAAAUGGGCAAGCCGUCGAACAAGGGUAAGGGCCUUGGCCAGAUCGCGUCGGAGGUUGGCUUUGCUUCGCUCGCCACGAAGGGUCUUGGUACGCGUGUGCUCAUGAUCGGUACCCUCACUGGCUUCCAAUGGUGGAUCUACGACUCGUUCAAGGCCGCGAUGGGUCUUGGUACGACUGGUGGCAAGUAA